CGUACACACAGUCACAAUCGUGAUGACCAACAUCGUCACCAACUGUAUCAAAUUUGGGGGCUAAUAUUCACCUACCUAAACCGACACGGCAUUGCAACCUGCUUCAUCCAGCGGGAGAUAGCCUGCUUCUUGCUUUCUACUCUACGGCGCCCUACACGUCUUGCAUAAUAACAGAAAGCAACCUGCAGAUUGAUAUACGUCAAGCCGUCCUCGCCAGACGAAUGUUUGCCCGCCACGCCAGCCUGCCAUUGCGUCACCUGAGCGCUGUCGCGAGCAGGGGAGCGGCUCUUCCAGAGACCAAGGUCUUGACCCUGCGCAUGAGACAGACUACUGGCAUCAGAGAAUCACCGUUUGCCUUUACCAGUCCGAGUUUCCAGAUGUCUCGUUGCCAGUCGUCGUCAUCGGAUGUGGCGGCCCCCAACGACACCAGGAUCAACUUUGCUGCUGGUGCUGAUGAGGCCACCUUGAUGGCGGCUCUGCAAGAUCUACUCGAUUCGGUAGGAAAAGGGGGUCGCUGGACCUUGAUCCCCAGCGGCCAAGGGCUGGAGAGGGGUUUCAGAUUCAAGAAUUUCGCGAAGACGUGGGACUUCAUGACGGCCGUUUCGCUGCAAUGCAAGCUCAAGAAUCACCACCCGGAGUGGUCCAAUGUUUACAACACAACACACAUCCGCUGGACCACGCACAACCCCGCGGGUCUCUCUGCAAAAGACGUCGAGUUGGCGCAGCUGUGCGACGCCCUGGCGCGCGAUUUCGGCGAAGUCGUCACCACUGACAACGAAAGCGGUAGCAGUGGCACUCUGAAACAAGUAACUGAGCGCGUCGUUGGCAUUGCGGGUGAUUGCUGCACGCCUAAGACAGCCGCAACGACAUAACCUCGGGACUAAACAUAGUCAAAUUCAACUACCUGGAAAGGACAACUAUGAGUUUGUGUUGUCGAAGGGAGGUAAGUAGGUAGGUAGAUAGGCAGAGUAAUCUGAGGAAAAUUAUAUCGCAGUGCUAUUCAUAGUGAUUACAUCGUAGCUCACUCAGCCUCGUCUCUCACUGUAUUCCUAUUCAAUGAUA